GCUAAUCAUGUCUGAAUUUUGGAUGAUAUCACUCCCAGCUGAAAGGAAUCCUGAUCAAGUGUAUCAGAGUCUAAGCACAAAUUUAUCUAAAUACAAUGGCUUGUGUGUCCAAUAUCGGUUUUGCAUACCUACCGACCUUAAGGUCGUUGGAACACUAGAUCUUCUUGUCGGACUCUCUGAUGAGCUGUCAAAACUAGACCUUUACGCUGAAUCGAUAACAAAAAAGGUUGCUCAUUAUAUGGGUGAGGUGUUAGAAGAGCAAAGACAUAAAUUGGAAGAUAAUCUGACCGUCAAUGGAAUGACCCCUUCAACCUUCCUAAUAAAGUUUCAAUGGGAUUCUGCUAAAUAUCCAGUUAAGCAGACUCUUCGUGUACUUUUUGAUAUUCUAUCUGAACAAAUAUCGAAGAUAGAAAGUGAUCUCAAAGUCAAGUCUACAGCAUAUAAUAGCAUCAAAGGCAAUCUUCAAUCUCUGGAAAAACGACAAACCGGAAGUCUUCUAAGUCGGUCACUUGGUGACAUCGUAAAAAAAGAACAAUUUGUGUUGGGCUCUUCCUUUUUUACAACCUUGGUUGUUGUUGUUUCCAAAGCAUCUUAUUCUGAUUGGAAAUCGAAAUACGAAACUCUUACAGAAAUGGUUGUUCCUCGUUCUUCCGAGUUAGUUAUCGCAUUAUCACUUAUUUAUGAAGAUCAGGACAAUGGGCUCUGGACUGUGACUCUUUUCCAAAAAAUAGUAGAAGAUUUUAAGAAUAGAGCUCGAGAAAACAAAUUUGUGGUUAGAGAUUUUACCUAUGAUGAAAAAAAGAUAGAGGAAUGCAAGAACGAACUCACAAAAUUAGAAUCUGACAAAAAGCGCCAAUUCGCACCCUUGUUCAGAUGGUUAAGAGUAAACUUUGGAGAGGCAUUUUCCGCCUUGACUCAUAUUAAGGCUCUUCGAGUGUUUGUUGAAUCUGUCCUUCGGUAA